GCGCUGCACGCGGCGGUGGCGAGCGGGGAUGUGGUCGACGCGCGCGAACUCCUCGAGCUCGGUGCGAACGUGAACGAGCCGAAGUCGGAGGAAGAUUCGACGACGCCGUUGCUCGUCGCCGCCGCCAAGGGCAACGUCGAGAUGGUGAAGCUCUUGAUCAAGAGCGGUGCAAACUUGGACGCGCAGGACGACUGCGAUAACAACGCGUUACACGUCGCGUGUUCUAAAGGACACGUCAACGUGGUGAGUCGCUUGAUCAAGGCUGGGUGCGACGUCGAGACGCGCGCGGGCAACGGCGCCACGGCGCUGCAUCUCGCCGCGAGAAAAGGCCACGACGACGUCGUCGAACUCUUGCUCGAUAGUGACAUGCAGAUCGAAUCGCUCGAUGGAAAAGGUGCGACGCCACUUCACGCCGCGUGCAGCGGUGGGUACGAAGACGUCGUCGGUUUGCUCCUCAAGCGAGGCGCGAACACCGCCGCCGUCGACGCCAAGGGGAAGACGCCGCGCCAAAUCGCCAAUAAAAAGGGGCACGACGACUGCGCCAAGCUCAUC